GCGCACUUCCGUAUUCCAACACAAUACCACGGUUGGUUUUUCAAACAUGUGACGGUUUAGUUUCGGAAGAGAUACAAGAAAAAACGACCAACAUAUCAAUAGGCUCUUAUUUAAUUUACUGGACUGUGAAAUAUCUACAAUGGUCCAGUUUUUGUUAAUGUGCUUCACUUACUCUGUAGACUAGAGUGUGUCAUUUCAUUCAUCAGGUCGUGUUUGCGCGCUUUUGCCUGCGCGCAGGUGCGCUCCGUCCUCAUGAUGCCGCAGGUGCGCGCAGGUGCAUCAUCAUCCUCCUCUGACUGAACAGAAGAUGGACGUUUAUCCUUCACCUCUCUGGGAAAACGCACAUUAGUUCGUUAUACGUACCUCAUACAUUACAUCCUUGAUUAAUCCUGUAAAACUUCCUCUGACAGAGAAUUUCCAUCGAUACAAUGAAACUCGUCAUUUGAUAGUGAAGGACGCCGCUCUGAGAUGAACGAACAGCGGGACAUUAAACUGUUUUCAGUCUGUGGACUCUUCCUUUUCAGGCUAUUUGUGCUCCAAGGAUUUAUUUGCCAGGGGUCAAACUCAGAAAAUAAAUUCCCCAGGAGGGUUAAUGCACUGCGGCAGAAACGGGAUCUCUUCCGUGAAGAGACCCUUAGUGCAGUGCUCUCUGAUUCAGCUCUGCCGCGAAGAGUUCUUCAUAAUUAUACAGCAAGAGAUGCAUCAACAGAAUAUUGUGGGUGUCUUAAUGGUGGCUGGUGCCAGGACGAAGGACGCUGUGAUUGUGCUCAAUUCCAGGGUCUCGGUGAUCGCUGUCAAAUCAUUCCCAACCAUGGUCAGGACAGGGAUGGCAUUUGCCGUUCAUGGGGUCAGCAUCAUUUUGAGACUUUUGAUGGAAUGUAUUACUACUACCCUGGAAGCUGUUCGUAUAUCCUGGCCAAAGACUGCCAUUCCUCAGAGCCACAGUAUACGGUUUGGGUUCAUAACAGUCGUUCGUGUAGAGGUUCAGUAUAUUCAUGUCCACGUAGCCUAAGUCUGUUCUUCCCAAAUGAAGAGGAAAUCUAUAUUAGUGGCUAUCAGGUGCUCAAGGGUGGACACAGGCUGAGUCUUCCCCAGACGGUGCGUAAUGUUUUCAUCGAGCGCUUGGCUGACUAUAUCCUGGUGAAGAGCACAUUUGGCUUCUCUCUAGCAUGGGACGGGGGCUCUGGAGUCUACCUCAAAAUGACCGAAGCGCACAAAGGAAGGCCUUGUGGUCUGUGUGGAAACUAUAAUGAUGACGGAUCAGAUGAUCUCAGCAGCAGCCGCGGGAUCGUCUCUGAUGACAUUGCUGAAUUUGGGAACAGCUGGGCAGUAGAUUUGCCCCAGGAGAGACCCUGUCCUGAGGUUGAUGAGGAUUUCCCUGGACCGUGCUCAUCAGAGUCUGAUAUGGACGACGCCAUUGAGAAGUGCAGUGCAUUGCUUUUCUUCCCUUUCAUCUCCUGCCAUGAGAACAUUGACCCAAAUCCAUUUGUUGUCAGCUGUGUUUCGGACAUGUGUGUAUCAGAUGACGAGGAAACAUUUUGUCGGACUCUGGUUGAGUACACCAGGGCUUGUUCUCAUGUGGGAUAUCCUGUCAGAGAAUGGAGGGACAGUUUUCCUACAUGCGCGGACAGAUGUGAGGAUAGUUUUGUCCAUAGAGACUGCAUCAGCUGCUGCCCACCGACAUGCACGUUUGACAAAGAGUGUUUGGGCACCAAUCUACACUGUCUGGAUGGAUGCUACUGCCCAGAUGGUCUGAUCUUGCAGAAUGGCACCUGUAUAGCUGUGUCUCAGUGCCCCUGUGUGUACCACGGUACAGCAUAUCCUCUGGGUCACGUAUUGGAGCAGGGCUGCACUGUCUGUGUCUGUAUGGGAGGACUGUGGAAUUGCACUGAAAACAACUGCACUGCGGAAUGCACAGUGGUGGGUGACACACAUGUGACCACUUUUGAUGGGCGAAUCUACAUGCACUUGGGCUCUUGUCAAUAUGUGCUGGUGAAAAGCCGGGGCAACACCAAGUUUACUGUGACACUACAGUAUACCGCCUGUGGAGAGUCUCAGGAACACUCCUGCAUCCACUCGGUGGCUCUGGUGGUAGAUGAAGAUGUCAGCAGGCAGGUCACCCUCACCAGAGAUGGAGAAGUUGUGAUUGGAGCCAGUAUGGCUGUUAAUUUACCCUACUCAGAUGAGACAGUGAAUGUUCGUCGACUGACCUCUCUGUUUGUGGGUCUGCGGUCGGUCUUUGGCCUGAGGUUUCAGUACGACUGGCAGGGUGGACGGAUCUACCUUCAGUUGGACAGCACCUGGAUGGGCUCCACACUCGGCCUCUGUGGGACCCUCAAUGGAAACCUGCGGGAUGAUUUCCUUUCUCCUGCUGGAAUGAUUGAAGGAACUCCACAGCUACACGUCAACGCCUGGAAAGUGUCUUCAGCAUGUAUAAGUCCUGUCAACAUACCUAUCAUUGACCCCUGUGAAAUGAACCAACAAAAUGUGUUUUAUGCUGCCCAGUGUGAUGUGCUGUUGGAGGAAGUGUUUAGACCGUGUCAUGCGUAUGUUAGCCCCAGCAUGUACCACCAGCAGUGCCGCUACCAGGCCUGUCGAUGCGGCAGCAGCUGCCUCUGCACUGCUCUGUCCCACUACGCCUACAUCUGCAGCAAACACCACGUCACCAUCAACUUCAGAGCACACGUCUCUGAGUGCGGUAUGGUGUGUUUAGGAGGGAUGAUGUAUCACCCGUGUACAUCAGCCUGCGGGCGGACGUGUCAGUCCGUCAGUAGUGCUGAAGUGUGUGAUGGAGACUGUGCUGAAGGAUGCAGCUGCACCGAAGGAACUUUUUAUGAUCACACUCGCCAGCGAUGUGUGCUGCUCUCCCAGUGUCACUGUUACUUCAUGGGCUCAGUUUUUCACCCUGGUGAAGUGUCCUUCAGCUCUUCUGGACCAUGUCUCUGCAGAAAUGGGCGUAUGGAGUGUGUGCCAGAGGAGAGAGAGCCCGAGCGAGGAGACUGUCCCAAUGGCAAAGUGUACUACAGCUGUCGGGGUCAGAGCGGCCGCGGACCCUCAGGUGUCGGUUUGGCCUGUGAACUGACCUGUCGAAACCUGAUGCUGAACCUGACCUGCCCUCCCAUGACCCCGUGUGUACCAGGAUGUGGAUGUCCAGCCGGGCUAGUGGUUCAUAAUGGAGAGUGUUAUUACCCAGAGAACUGCCCCUGUGCGUGGCUCGGUCUAGAGUAUCUCCCUGGGGAGACAGUGGACACGCCGUGCUACCGAUGUGUUUGUCAUCGUGGAUUCUUCAACUGCACAUACUCCCCAUGUCCAGCAGUGUGUACCGUAUACAGUGACCGUCAUUACCACACAUUUGAUGGCCUGGAGUAUGAUUAUGUGAGCGACUGCCAGGUCAACCUGGUCAAGAGUGUUGGUGAUACAGAGGUUUCCAUCAUGGCUCAAAAUAAAGAUUGCUAUGAAAGUGGGAUCGUUUGCAUGAAGUACCUGCUCAUCUACGUUGGCCUCACCAAAAUCUACUUCAGUGAUAACUCUGGUAAACCUAGCUCCUCCACUGUUGUGGGCAGAGGUUUUGAGUUUCAGCUGUGGGGUGCGGGAUAUUACACUGUGGUCCACUUUCCUGCUCAAGAUCUGACCGUUUUGUGGGACCGUAAGACAACUGUCCAUAUUCGUGCUGGACCCCAGUGGAAGGGUCAGAUGAGUGGCUUGUGUGGGAACUUUGAUAUGGUAACAGUAAAUGACAUGACCACAGCUGGACACAUGGAAGUCAGUAACGCACAGGCAUUUGGAGACAGCUGGGCUGUUGGACAGUGUGAAAGUGAUUUUGUAGUGCACAGACCAUGUGAAGGAGAUCUCAGCCGACAGCCGUAUGCUAAACGCGAGUGUGGCCUUCUCUACAGUGACAUAUUCGCUCCAUGUCACAAUGUGGUGGAUGUAACCUGGUUUUAUAAGAACUGUCUAACAGACACCUGCAACUGCAACCGUGGAGGAGACUGUGAAUGUUUGUGUACAAGUAUUGCAGCGUACGCACACAAAUGCUGUCAGAAUGGCGUCACAGUGAACUGGAGAUCUCCUACUGUGUGUCCAUAUGAUUGUGAAUAUUACAACCAAGAGUUGGGCGAGGGUCCGUUAACUCUGUCCAGCGCAGAGCAGAAUAACUCCAUCUGUGUGUUUGGGGCAAACGUAAGCAGCGGUGAAGUGUUUCCCCUCCUGAAGACCAACGCUCAACCCAGCACCAUUUUCCACUUCAUGAUGACAACUGGACUGUUCAAGGACAGGGCCUCACGACUUCCUGUUGUCUCACUGGAGUCUGCAGAAAGGCCAAACUACUUCCUGUGUGUAACUGUGAACCGCGGGCUGCGACUGGAGCACUGGCAGCCUGGAGAAGAGUUCAGACGGCGGGCCACUUUCCUCCACCACCAGGGCCUGUGGCUUCCAGGAAGAUCCUCCUUUGAGCUGCACAGUCAGAAGGGGGUUUUCAUCACCCUCACACACACACAGGCCCGAGCGCAGAAUUAUGAUCACACACAAGCCUUCAAAACCAGCAGCAGCUUCAUCAUCGAAGUCUGUUUUCGGUGCUUGUGUUCCUGUAUUUUAGAGAGCAGUUUUGUGAUCCCAUACCGCUUGAUGUGCGAGUGGAAAUAUCACGCAUGCUCCAGUCCGUGUGUGAAAACCUGCAGCGACCUCGAUGCCACACGUUGCCAUUUUCUACCACCGGUUGAAGGCUGUUUUCCACGAUGUCCUAAGACCAUGUUGCUGGAUGAAGUGACCAGGCGGUGUGUGUACAAAGAAGAUUGUGUGAUGCUUUCUCCAACACCAACUCCUUACAUGUUUGUAACCCGAUCAAACCGCACCACGGCGGCUCCAACCACAGCACCUACAACCACUACUUCAACCACAACGACUCCUUCCACCACAACAGCAACACCAAGCACAGCUCCAACCACAACUUCCAGCACUACAAUCAUAACUACACCUUCAGAAGCAGCUGUUUUAAUAGUCAGCCCGACUACAACCACAUUACCCCCAACCACAGUGUCGUCAACAACAGAAACCACUUCAACAGAAACGCCCACAACGUCCUCUCCACCAACCACAGAGCCUCCUCUAAUCACCACUGCCCCGCCCACCACAUCAGCCACACCCACUACAGCUAAACCCACCACACCUAUUAUUACAACUUUACCAUCAUCUACAUCCACCACAGAAAUGACAACCUCAUCUGAAGCCACAACCAAACCUGAAACAACCUCUCCGACGACCACAGUCCAGCCAAUUACAACCACCACUGUCAUCACAACAGAGAGCACAACUUUAGAAAGUACGACCACAGUGAUCACCACAGAGUCCACAUCUGUCUCGCCCACGACCGAGGAGCCUUCAACUACAACAGCAGCGGUGCCGACAACUUCUGAGAUCAUUAUUCCUUCUCCAUCUCCUUCUCCUGAGACAGCAGGAAUAACUACAGUUCUUCCUCCAUUUCUGCUGCCCACAGGACCCUGCACGCCUCCGUAUUCGUUGCGUGUGGAUGAGUGCAGCGAGUACAUCUGCUUUAAUGCACAGCUGAUGCUUCAUAAUUCCUCCCAGCACUGCAGAUACAACAUCAGCCAGCCACAGUGCAACCUGCUGGGCACACCCAUCCAGACCAACACAGACCCCUGCUGCCCGCUCUGGCAGUGCCCAUGCCGCUGCUCUAUAAUCUCUGACCUACGUGUGAUAACGUUUGAUGGGAAUAAUGUGGCUCUGUAUGAUAUCGGCUCUUAUAUUCUGGUCCACCUGCCAAGAGAGAAGAUAGUCGGCCACAUUGAGAAAUGCCCAACCAGUGAGAGCGUGAACUACAUCAGAAGACCUACUCCCUCUGGAGGAACAUCUGGCCUGUGCUUUAAGAAGCUGAACAUCACAACUCAUUCAUACAGAAUCAUGAUCAACCGCUUGGACCGAAAGGUGUCCGUGAAUCAGAUCACAGCUCGGCUUCCUCUCAGCAGGCAGAACCUCCAUAUUGACGACACCGGGACCAUGUACAUCAUAGACACACCCGGUGGCAUCAACAUAAAGUGGUACCACAGCACUGGCAUCAUGGUGUUGCAGUACACGGCUCCCGACAACACCUCCACCAGGGGGCUCUGCGGAUGUUGUGAUGGUAAUCCAGCCGAUGACCUGCGGCUGCCCAAUGGUACAGUGGUCCGGGAUGUUGAGGACAUCCCAGUGUUUCUGCACGGGUGGAUGGUGGACACGGCAGAGGAUACAGAUUACUUCCGCAGAGUGGGAGACAACUGCACCACCGGAAACUGCUCCAAAUGUUUCACCAUGCUCAACCAGAGGCCUUUCUCCAGAUGCCACCACAAGGUUUCUCCAGAAAACUUCUGCGAUAAGAUAUGGGCGGGUGACCUGCAUUAUAAAGAGCACGAGUGUGACUUCCUGGCUGCUUAUGUUGCCAUUUGCUACACUCAUCAGAUCUGCUUCAGCUGGAGGAAAAGCAACUUCUGCCCACUCAAAUGUCCUCCUGGUAAAGAAUACAAACCCUGUGUGAACACAUGCAAGACGCGAACAUGCCAGAACCGCGAUUACUAUGAAGAAAGCACCUGCUCUUCUAUCAGAGAGGAGUGUGUUUGUAAAAGCGGCACCAUCCUUCACCGAGCAGAUUCUGCUUUCUGUGUCACCGAGGACCAGUGCGUGUGUACGGAUAACGACGGAGCACCACGGGCUCCAGGUGAGGUGUGGAACGGCUCUCUGCGCGGCUGCUGUCUCUUCCGGUGUCUGGAAAAUGGUAGUGUGGUUCCUGUAGAGCCCGAGUGCAGUUAUGAACCGGCUCCGCUGUGUGAGAGAGAGGGAGAAUACGCCGUGGACGUCCUGGAGGAAGGAGUCUGCUGUCCCAAGAAGAUCUGUGAAUGUAACCUGACCAUCUGUCAGAGUGAAGUUCCCAGCUGUGAGAAUGGAGACAAGCUGGUGAUCGGCUAUAGCGCUCUGUCCUGCUGUCCUGAAUACAGAUGUGAAUGUGAUCCACUGGCCUGUCAGAGCGUCCCGCCGCCGAUCUGUCGAGAGGAUCAGUUCCUGGUGGAGGUCAGAGGAGCACACGCCUGCUGCUACAGCUACAUGUGUGUGUGUGAGUCCUGCAUUGAGCCCAUACCAGUGUGUCAGACUGGAGAGAUACUGGCUGUGGAUAUGAACACCACCAAUCACUGCUGUCCACAGUAUCAUUGCGUGUGUGAUAUGAGUCUGUGUCCUGAGCCCAGUGUGAGUUGUGCUCCUGGAGCUGUGCUGAUAAAGAGACCCGUGCCAGACAGCUGCUGUCCAGAAACACACUGCGAAUGUCAGUGUCACAAUCUUACGCUUCCGGCCUGCACCAUGGGUGAAGUGAGAGUGGAGGAACCAGACCCCGGCGGCCCCUGUGGAUGCCCACUGUAUCACUGCAUGAAGGCAGAAGUGUGUCUGUUUCAGGGUGUGACGAUAUUGAACCCUGGCCAGUCUAUGGUGCAGUAUUUUGAGGGGGAACUGUGUUACACCGUUCAGUGCCUCACACAUAAAGACCCCAGCACUGGUUUCUACGCCAUGGAGGUCACCACUGCCAACUGCUCUGAGAAAUGUGAAACUCAUCAGGUUUAUGUCCCAUCAUCUGAUCCCCACGUGUGCUGCGGCUCCUGCAAAAACAUCUCCUGCUCAUAUCCCAGUGAAAACGGCACUACAGAAGUAUUUAUGGCGGGCAGCUCAUGGGUGGCAAACUGCACACGGUUCGACUGUAUGGAGACUGCGGUUGGUGCUGUAGUUCUGGCGUCUGGAGUCGUCUGUCCUCCUUUCAACGACACCGAGUGUAUUCAGAAUGGAGGUGUAGUUCAGACGUAUGUGGACGGUUGCUGUAAGACGUGCAAAGAAGAUGGUAAAACCUGCAAAAGAGUCGCCAUCAGAACCACCAUCAGAAAAGAUGACUGCAGAAGCAAUGCACCUGUGACCGUGUACUCAUGCGAUGGCAAAUGUCCAUCCGCCACCAUCUUUAACUUCAACAUUAACAGUCACGCACGUUUCUGCAAGUGCUGCCGAGAAAACGGCCUUCAGAACCGCAUCAUACAGCUGUACUGCACUCGAAACGCCACAACGGUGGACUAUUACUACCAGGAGCCCAUGGACUGCUCAUGCCAGUGGAACUGAUCUACACACAGGCCUGACUGUGACACAUUAUUCAAUACAGUAUCUGUAUAACUGCAAAACUACUAACACCAUCACUGUAUUUGUUUUCUUUUAUAUCUGUAACUUAUGUGUAAGUAUGCUAAUCACACGUUUAUUAGAAUAAGAACAAGAAAGAGGGCUGUUAAAUUGACAUUGUUUUCAUUUUAAACUAUUAACAUUUGAUAAGAUAGUACUUUAAGAUAGUAUUAUAAGACUCCAAAUACAUUUUAAGCAUGUUACCUGUUAACCAAACGCUUUAUUUAAAUUAAUCCUUGUGCUUUUUCUAACAAAAAUAUUUUUGCAUUUUGAUUCAAAUUGUUUUUUUUUAAACAAAACAGCACUAAGUAGGUAUUUAAUAUAUGUUUUUAAAGAGAAAUCCUACAUUUGUUUUAGCCUCAACACACACACACACACACACACACACACACACACACACACACACACACACACACACACACACACACACACACACACACACACACACACAAAGAGAAAAAUAUAAUACAAUGAACUUGAAUUUCCAUAUUAUAGCCAUAAUGCCAAAAAUAUGAUUUCUGAACAAAACUGUAUGAGCCUAAAACAAAGCAUUUAGUCAAAUAUCUGAAGACCUGCAUGUUAUUGUCAAUGCUUUUUUUUUCUAAAUAAUCAAAAUAAAAACACAAAAAAUAUAUUUUUCUAUGCACUGUGCGGA